AGGGAAGGUUGGCCUCCAUGAAGUUAGAUACAAAUAAACUUGAGAACACGGAGGAAAUAUAAAGAAUAAGAGAAUCCCCGACAUCAGGUUAUCACAGCUCCAGUAGGAAACGAAAUCUCAAGUGUUCAAACAAAUAUCAAUUCCUAAAUCCAAUUUUCUCAUCGCAUUUCAAACUUCAUUUCUCAACAUUAGCUACUCAAACAAACAUUAAUCAUCAUGGGCAAAUCCAAGUUGACAACCCAUAAACAGCGAGUCGCUGCGUUGCGAGCUCGACUUUCCGGAAAUGCUCCAACCAGAACAAGCAGAAGCAGGGUCAACCUACCAUUAAAUCCAAUGUUUACUGCAACGCUUCAUGCUGCCGCACGCAGUGCCCGAGGAAUGGAACUAUCUCCUUUAGAAGAACGUUUAGUCAACGCAUUGAAAUCUACGCAACCGACGAAGAAGUUGCCGAAUAUGGUCAAAUCUAUACGGAGAUGAAAACAAAAACCCGUUCUCUCAAUGGUCACAGUGGUGCUUUGAGAGGAAUCUCUUUGAACAUCAAUGACAGCACACCGUACACGGAAGCGGACAUGGUUAAGGAUGCGCAAAACAAUCAAGAAGAAAUUCUUGCGAGACCUGAAAACAAGAUUUUGGAUAUUACAGCCACUGGUGCUAUUAAUGAAGAUGGAUGUGUGGAUGAUGAGGAGUAUUCGACUUCCCUGCUUGAAGCUGGCAGUGGUAUUACAAUUAUUGUUGGUCCGACCAACCUGGGCCAUCGGCCGAUCAAAUUGGUCCCGUAGCACCAAUUAAAUAUUUGAAUGGGUCUACAAGUACGCCUGCAGCUGCAAGCAAUAGCGAAGAGGCGUUAAUUAAUGCAGAGGCUUCUUCAUAUCGACUCCAAUUUCAACGUUUUAAAUGUCAUCGAAAACAAGACGACUCGAUGUUUAGACCAAGGAAUGAGAUCUACUGGGCGGUAGCAGCAGGAGCUGAUGGCCAUGAUAAAAACUCAUUCAAGACCGGCGAAUACGGAAGUAUAAACACUGGUAAUGUGCAAAGCAUGGGAGGAUUAGAUUAUUGGACUGGGUCUGUUCAAGAACAUCUUGUGGGGCACAUUGUAUGUUGGGAGGCCGAUGGCAGCGACGAUAGUUCUCCUUAUAAUAAAAUGGUUCAGGGACUACGAGAUAUCGCUCGAUUUGCCAUUGAUGCGGCAGUUCAGGCUACUGAGGCCGGUGAUAGUGGAGCAGGAGCCUGGGGAUCGGGAGGGGGCGACACAGGAAAGGGUGCAGCGAUUUUGGCUUUAGUUGCAAUUUGUACUGCUCUUGUGGCAGAGCUGCUCGCAUUCUUUAGAAACGAUGAUGAUUUCGUUUUUCGACGCGAGAUUGCUUUUACGAAGUCGGGACUUGAUGCAUGGACUCAAAAGCCCAAUAAAGAACUUUCUUUUAUGUUUGACGGCGGAAGUGAGGGCAAGCAUGAGUUAUGGAUUAGCUGUAACAAAAUUCCACGUCCUGAUGGUUCUUUACGAGCCAUUCGUAAGAUUAAGGGAUCCGCCUGGACAAGCGUAGCUGCACCUACGGGCAACAGCCCUCAUGGUAUGACAAUGGCAGAUCAUCAUGGUGAAUUGGUCGGAGUCUUCCGCAAAACCGAUAACACCAUGUUAUGGACGAAAUGGUCAAAGUCAACGGGAAGGUGGUCGGCUCCUCUUACAAUUAAUAACGGGGCUAGGACUACGCAUAGACCAGCUCUUUGCACAUUCAAUGAUAGGUUAUGGUGCAUAUAUCGAGCGACUUCUGGUAAUAUAUAUGUGAUGUCAACAGAUAACCUCACGAGCUGGACAUCACCAAUCAAUGCCGCAGGUGGAGGCCUCACGAGCGAUAGACCAUCUAUAUGUGGAUACAACGGCAAACUCUAUUCUGUCUUUCGAGGUAACAACAAUCGAACGUAUUGGAUGGACUCGAAUAAUGGAAGCUCUUGGUCCAGAUACCAGCAGUUUUCCGGCAAUGCCACAAUCAGCUCGCCAGCACUAUGGGUGCACAAUGGCAUACCCCAUGUUUCAAUUCUCGACAUAAACACAAAGUACUAUGUUUCUUGGUUCGAAAAUGGUAGCUGGUCUGCCUUUAACAACAACACGGGGUCUGUUAUAAAAUCGGGUCCCGCAACGGUGUCGUUGGACGAUACUCUACUCUCAAUGUCUCAGGGACCAAACUAUCAUGUCACUGGUAUAGACCGUCCCAAUGGAAAGAAUCCAUCCCAAUAUCAUUUCACGAGUCAUUAUUCGGCUGGAGAUAUGGGCAUGUGCAAGUUAGACCAGGUUUGGUGUGUUUUUGGACUGGCGGUGCUUUGAUAUGAAGCUGGAACAUGGAAUAUGAAUGAUCUAUCAGUCACGUCAGCAACCCUCCUUCUAAAGUCUAUUAUGCGUUUAGUUUGAUUUGGUUUGAUUUUAUUGCGUUUAGUUCCCUGUCUUUGGAAAACAAAACACAGCUGUUCGGAUAGCUGAAA